AUGAUCUAUGUAUCUCGAUCAAAAAUACUCACGAUUGCAAAUCUCACCUUCAAUGUACUUAACGUGCUCACAUAUACGCUGGUGUUUGCGGCUGCGAUAGUAAAGGGUAUAGACGGUACUCUGAGUGAAAUUGUCCAGACAAUAUAUUGCACAAUUAUCAGUAUAUUGUUAAUUAUCAACGAAUUCAAGACGUCAAUAGUUGCUGAAAAGUAUUUUGGAUUUCUUGGCACACAUCAAGGCAAAGGCACGCUUUCCAUAAUAAUGACGCCUCCUUGUCCAUUCUGGAGAAACUACCGACUCUACAAGGAGUUUUGUGCAGAGGGUUUAGAUCUUGCUCAGCCUGAUAUCCAGAACUACAACCAACAUCAAAAGCAUAAACAAAUCGAAGGAUCUUGUACAAUGAUGAUAGAGAAUCACCACUAUCACAACAAUAACAACCAAAACCCACACGCCUCGAUUCUCCCGUUUCAUGUAUCACAGCCUUGUGUGAAUUGUUUUGAAUCCAGCUCGAAUCCGGCAUAUUUUGGAACACAAGCCCUAGUACCAGCACCAACAGCACCAGCAGCAGCAGAAGGAGGAGGAGGAAGAGUGUGUGGUGUGAAUGUUUACUCAUCACCCUUUCAUGUUUCUACCCCUUCUCCUUCCAGAAUUUUUCAAACCAUUGCCGUUCUUACUACCACCACUGCUGCCACUACUAGGAUCCUAUCUUAUUCACUUCAAACCAUGACUCACUUUUAUCUCUCUGGAGGAAGAGCUCUGACAGGCGUCCUUUUAUCUGACAGUCAUUCAUUCUCGAUGGGUGUCAGACAUGAGACUCCUAACGUCAACAGCUCUGAGCCUUUUUGCAUUGGCAACAUCGGGUCUCUGGGUACCCACAACACCGAGUCGUUUUCUCCAAUUGAGCGUAGUGAGCACUGCCUCGAGAUGGAUGAAACGCCAUCAAGGCUGUCGAAUGAUUCUUCUUUGUCGUCGUCUUCUUCUUUAUCUUCUUCUUCUUCUUCUGACGGCAGUGACGAGGGACUUGCUCUUAACCUUGCAAGACACGGGGUAAAGAGUUCCAACCUCAACAAGUCUAUUGCGGCGGCAGUUGUGAAUUAUCGCGGGCCAGUCAAAAAACGUCUUGAACACUCUGUCUUGCCUCAACGACUUGCCGAACAUUUUCCGUCGGAUGAGUAUCCCAAUAUCAAUCGCAGACUGACCGUGAUUGAAUCGUUUUUGGACAAUCUAAAUGUACUCAAGCUAUCGACAAACGCUCUGUGUGAGUUUGACCUUCAGAUUCCGAUACCUCAGCUCAAGAAACUGCUGCUGUCGAACAAUAGACUGACAGACGUUAGCCACUUACCUGCUCUGCUACCAAAUCUUGAAAUGCUGCACCUGGAUAACAAUUUGCUUGAAAGGCUACCAGAAAACAUGGGCGACUGGAAGAAGAUGCGUCAGCUAAGACUGGGGUCUGUAAUUGGUGGAAACAGGAUCGUAUCUCUGCCACAGUCUAUUUCGGAAAUGGCGUGUCUUGAGAUACUGGAAAUAAACGACAAUCGUUUGGUCUGUCUGCCAUCUGACAUGUACAUACCCCAGCUUACUUUCAUCAAUCUAUCCAACAACCAGCUCAGGUUUAUACCUAAAUCUUUGGCGCGGUGCCCACAUCUAGAGUCCGUCAUGGCCUCAAGGAAUCAGCUAGUGUCAAUAUCGUCUGAUUUUGCAGGGGCAAAGAAACUCAAGAUACUAGAUAUCAGUUUCAAUAGGAUCUGUAUUACACCAAACGAGCUUCUGGAACGUCAAGGCCUCACAGUUCACAUCACAGCAAAUCCAAUGAUUCUACUGCCUAACACAGAUAACAGUACGCUCUAUGAGGAGUUGAUUGAAAGCAUGGCAGACGAGAAAAGGGUUUUUGUACAGGUGCCCAGAACACAGCCAGGCGUAAAAAUACUUCCAAUACAGGAAGAUCAGGAUGAGGAUUGGUAUUUUGACGCCAGACUUGAACAGGAGGAGAUAAGGCUGAAUGGGCAGGUUGUAAAUAGAAAUGCGAACCCAAAUCAUAGACCAACAACCCCAUGGGAGACUGAGCGUGCUUUAGUAUUAAAGAGGCUAAGGUCAGAAAGCGAUUUGUUCCUGUCGACCCUCGGUUCUUUGCCCCACUACCCUGUGACUUCAUUAAGAGAGAUCACAGCCAAGGACACGAUUAGAUUAAAGAUACCUCUACAGGAUGAGUUCCUGCCGCGUGGGAUUACAGAUGAUCUGGAAUUCAAGAGUCAUCAAAGGUGCUAUGGAUGCAAGGGCCCUUAUGUCAACACAUGGAUUACAUACAUUCUUGUCAGAGGCUACCACGGUCACCCCCGAGUCGUCCGGAAGAUCCGAUGCUGCUCUCGUAGGUGCUGGGAUAUAUGCCAUGAGAAGUAUUUCCAUUGGAAGAUACUGCAGCUCGAAAGGCUUCUCAACGUAGAGAUGCCGCGUGGGAUACCUUGGAUUGAUGAGUAUGGUGUUCGGCCUGAUCAUGGAACAUUUGAGUGGAUUAUAGCUGCAGCGCAUGCAGCCGAUGAGCAGAAUUCGUCUCUCUACAUAUUGUAGACCAAGAGAUAGGUGGAGAAGGCGGAUAUUGAAGAUUAUGCAUUUAUUAACAAGCAAAUGAAUAAAGUAAGGUAGAUCAGCUUUCUCUCAUAAAACGAGAAUUGUGCAUAUUAUUCAGAAUCAUGAUUCUCAUAUAAGAACAAUUACCCUUUAUGUACCUUGCCAUCCUUUUGACUAUUAUUUCUCUUGGCUGUAUGUUUUUAUAUAUAAAUAAAUAAUUCUAACUACAGGUUUGAGAUUUUC